AUGGCUGAUAGCCAAGACGUUCAAAAGGAACAAGCUGACGCUAGAGGCCGGGUUUCUGCGGUCUUCAAGACUAAGCUGCGUCCUCGCUUCAUCGGACCGUUUAAGGUCGUGGCCAAGAAGGGCCUUGCGUACACGCUUAACCUUCCCAAGAAGAUGCGCACACACACAGUGUUUUACGUGGGCUUGCUCAAGUGUUACCGCGAC